AUUUCUGUGAGCUCCGCUUUUAGGCUUGGCUUAACUCGGCUUUGGUGGCCGAUAAAGAAUGGGGCGAAAAUGAAAAAAGACUGGGUCGAGGAAGUCGGUGAAAAGAAGAUGGCGGCUGUUUUUCAUGCAGUAAUGAUCGUGUAGGUGGUGGAGAACAGGUCUGCAACAAAGAUAAAGAAGUCAUCAGGAUGUCCGAAUUAUUUAAGGUGUUUGUAUAUGGAACCUUAAAAAAAGGAUUUGCAAAUCACUACCUCAUGCAAAAUGGAGCAAAUGGCGUGGUUCAGUUUGUAACAGCAGGACUUACUAAGGACGCUUUUCCACUUGUGGUGGGAACUGAUGCAUCAAUUCCUUUUCUGCUUCCUUUGAAAGGUCAGGGAAAGCAAGUUCAUGGUGAGAUCUAUGAAGUGGACGGCAAUGUUCUUAGUAAACUGGAUGAAUUAGAAGGACACCCUACAUGGUAUAAACGUACAAAAUGUGAAAUAAUCACAACUGCGACAGCACCAGGAAGUCGAGCUGGAGAUGUGUUAUCAUGCUUUGCCUACUUUUUAACUGAUUUUACAGAGAAAUUUUUGUCUCUUGACUUUAUCAGUGAAUAUACCCAGGAUUGUCACAAAAUGUACUUGAAAAGUAAUGAUAGGCUUAAUGUUAAAGUGCAGUCUCAAGGAGGUAAAUGAUCGAUUAUAAAUUUGUGCAGGAGAUCAUUCAGCUGACCAAUUAGCUUAUUACCAGAAUCACUAACAGCACUACCAGUAUUGUUUUGCUCACCACUAAUUAGUGCAACAUCAACUAUUUUUAGAUCUUAUUACUUUAAUUUUGUAUUUAUUUUAUUCUUUCCUCUCAUAUACUGUAAAAUCCCAUGUUAAAGCCCUCCGGUUAUAAGCCCUUAUAUCUCCUAACAAAGAUAUUAUUCAAGAUUCACAAGUUCUUAAUAAUGUAAUGUCCGGGAAAUUGUGCAAGUUCAAACUUGUGACAUGUGUCUUAGAACAGGAACAAUGGCAUAAGACAUGCUUUGUGGCACUAUAAUGAACUUGGACUGACCAAACGUAGCACCGAGCCCUUGAACAUUCAAAGUUUCUCAUACCAUAAACUUAAAAGGAAACAUGUUGAAAACAUGUUUUGAUUUGAACUGAACAUGAAUUUUUAUGACUUUUUGAAUAUUUUUACAUUAUUUUAUGGUACACCCCUUCUGCUGAUUAGGAAAGCAAGAGCUCUCUGUAUCAUGUAGAUUCAGGAUCCUGUUGUCCUGGUUCCUGCAAUUACUUAUUAUAAGUGCAAGAUAUUAGCACAACAAGCACUUGCUUAGUAUCCCAUAAACUAACCUUGAAUUUAUGUCUUCUACGGUGAAGUGUGUCUGAAGUCGCUUAUUCCUUAACCUUCAUCAAAAGUCACCUGAAACCUUUUGGACAUUCAACCUUCACUCAGGAAUGACAAAAUGAAAUGUAAUGGUGCUGGUUCAACA